AUGGAGUCUGCAAGAGAGCGCAGGAAAACCCCUAUCCCGUGCGAUCAAUGCCGCAAACGGAAAGUACGCUGCGAUUAUUCCAAUCCGUGCGAGCGAUGUCAGACCUCUAGUCUUGCAUGCACGUACACUUCUGUCCGCAAGAAACGAGGACCGAAGCGUGGACGGGGAUCUAUCGUGGAGCAGUUGAGAGCACAAGGCUAUGCAGAGACAGCAGCGGUGGGCAGUGCUUCUUAUACAACUCAGCCUGGUCCAUUGCCUCCCUCGACGCCAAUCACGCCGGCCACGCUUGAUCCACUAUUGCCGCCAUCGAGUACAGCGCUUCAAGCGGAAUGGAGCACACCAGGUGAUGCCAUCGGCAACGACUACUUCUCGUUCGAUGACUUCGCUCAGAAUGUGCUGGCUUCCUCGAACUGGCCGUUGCCUCAAGGCAGCGAGCCGUGGCGCCAACUGCCUGGCCCUCACGGGUUGAGCUCGGUCGGUACUCCUUCAGCGACAGAUCAAUACGCCUCGCCGCUGUCACACCUCACCACUGUGUCUUUGCAACAACAUGCCUCGGCCAACUUUGAAGCCAGCGAGCUUGCGCAGAGGAGUGUAGAGCUUUUCUUCACGCAUAUGUAUCCAAUCUAUUCCAUCGUGGAGCGGAGAAAGGUCGAAACGCUGAUGGAAGAUCCUUCUUCGGCGACCAGAUCAGAGUCGUGUCUCAUGUGGUCCAUCUGUGCGAUGACGAUCAUGCACGUCGAUAGGUGGCCUGGCUUGAGUUCAGAACAACGAGUUUCUGCGAGUCGCCAUUUCAUCAGAAAAUGUCUUGAAGCGCGAUUGGAAGUGGACCUGGCCGAGUCUGCUACGUACAACGAUGUGCUGACGUCGCUCUUCGUUGGCAUAGCAUUAUUUGAGCUCAAGUGUCGCAAAGCAUCUUGGUUUCAUGUGCGCGAGGCGAUUACUCUGGCUCAUGCCGCAGGGUUGGAGGAGGUCGGUCAGAAUGUGUCUCUGACACAUGACGAACGUCUGAGGCAACAACGAGCGUAUGUACUGCUCUUCAUCACAGAGAGAGGGGCAUGUGUGCUGGACGAGUUUCCAGUCAGCACGCUCAACACUCCAGACCUUCCGCAUGAUUCCUGCGCGGACGAGGAUCCGUUGAUCGCAUCCGGCCUUCAGAGUCUCUAUAAUCUCUUCGCCAUGCUGGACUACAAUUUCGUCAAGCUUUGGAACGACCCCGCUAGAUUUGCAUCAACGGACAAGGGCUAUCCAGAGUUGGCUGCGCUUCAAGAUCAUCUCAGGGAGCCCAUGGAUUUGCAUGGCGUGUCGGACAUCCAGCGGGCCGACGUGCUGAUAACCCAGCAGUGGCUCAGACUUGUCUUCUGGCAGGCUGCUCUGAAGAAAGGGUUGAUCACGACUUCCAACACGCAUCCAGCGUUCUCGUAUGACUAUCCGUUGACAAUAGCCUCGACUCUCUGUGAUAUCGUGAAGAGCUUACCCCCAAUCGCCAUUCAGGUCCAUGGUCUCGGCAUCUUUGAAAAGGAGUUCGAGAUCGCAUACUCCCUUUUAGACACAUUGACGUUUUCAAAUACCGCUCACGGCAUCGAGCACCACGAAAACUUGCGAUAUCUGCUCCUGAGUUUGUCCGCGGAUCCCAGCUCGCGACAAAUAUAUGUCAGGACGCUGGAGAAGAAGAUGGGAGGAUCAGCAGAGCCUAGAAAGUACCGCAGCCUCGCUGGAGUCCAGUUGCUGCGAGACGAUAGCGGCAGUCGGCAGACAUCGAGGAGACAAUCAACUGCAGUCCUAGCAUCGGCCCGUAGAUGA